AUGGAAGAAAACCUUGGACCUGAAGCCAUCCAAGCGCUUGCCUCAUCCAUUCCAUUCGUUCUUUUCCAAGAUGUGCUUGACCAGCACAAGCGCGCCUGUCAAGACAGAUACUACCGACAAGCUCUUAAGCGAGAGUCGGAGAAAGCCCGCUACGUGGACACCAGCUCGAAAGUGAACAGCUUGAAACAGAUGGUUGCGAGGGACCUUGGAUUCAAAGUCACUGUCCAGCACCCCCGGCUUUGGUACUUGCUGGACACGGAAGUCGGUCGUCCUAUGCAAAACCUUGGCACGCCUCCCACUCCCCGCUGGGAUGCGCAAGGGCAACUUGGUCUAAGCGACAAAUCUCUUCUCUUGAUUUUCUUCUUCUGCCUUUUGCUUGCACUUCUCUUCUUUGUCAUCUUUGCAAAUUAG